AUGAACUUUGCUGCCCAAUUUUUCUACUCUAGGUACUUGAGCGAGCAACUUGAGAGGUUGUACUCACCCAAACCUGCAAUUAAAGACAGCGAGGAGAAUGACCCCUUCUGGCAGAGAGAUGAGCUGCGUCUGGGCCCCAGUCAUCUCGGUGCCUCUCACAAAUGUGGCCCCAUCAGUAAUGGCUCGGCAAGCCGCAGACUCACCCUCAUCGAACCAGAGAGGCUGAAGGACUUUGGUGAGGAGGAUCUUCUCAACGGGGACGUGAAGGUCAAUGACACCAAGGAGGUGGCGGCUCCUGAGUUCAAACUCCAGGAGCCACCAAAAACCAGAAGAGUCAGCGAGUUCCGCGACGUCCCCAGACCUCCCGUCCAUUACCUCCGCUUCGAGGACAUCAGUGCGGCCGCGUUCAAGAUCCAGUCUGGGAUCCAGAAGACGCCCUGCACGUACUCCAGACUGUCCAAACAGUACGGGAUGGAGAUCUACCUGAAGAAGGAGCAUCUGCACUACACAGGCUCUGUCAAGGAGAGAGGAGUGCUCUACCUGCUCAGCUCCCUCUCUCAGGAGCAGCAGAGGAAGGGUGUAAUCGUGGCCACUGACUGUAACUUCUCCAUGGCCGUGGCUCACCAUGCAGUGGAGCUGAAGAUCCCGGUGUUCGUCAUCAUGCCGUCGUGCUGCUCCUCCCCUCGCCUCAGGCUCUACAGGGACUACGGCGCCAUGGUCAUCUCCUACGGCAGCACGGGCCACGACUCCCAGAACCACGCCAGCCAUCUGGCCAAGGAGAACGGAUACCUCUAUAUGGAAGAAGAUGAAAGUGCAGCGUACCUGGCAGGACUGGGAACUGUGGGCAUGGAAAUCUACGAACAAGUGCCCAAUCUGGACGCGGUGAUUGUUCCUGCAGCUGGACAGUACGGUCUGCUGGCCGGCACCGCCGCCGCCAUCAAACACCUCAACUCCAAAAUUCUAGUCAUAGGAAUUGAACCAGAAGGUUUCCCUCUGCUGUUACAAUCUCUGAAAAUAGACAGUCCAGUCAAAGACAUGCACAGCUAUCCCAACAAGAAGCUCUACGGAGAUCUCGUGGAGCGUUCGCUCGGUGAGAACACCUUCCACAUGGCAAAGAAACUGGUAAAUAAAGUCAUCACUGUCAGUGAGGAGGACUCUCUGGUGGCGAUGCUGCGGUUCCAGGAGUUUGAACGCUCCACUGUGGACACAGAGGGAGCCAUGGGACUGGCUGCCAUCUUGGCCGGACAACUGCCUGAACUCAAAGGAAAAAGGGUGGCUGUGGUGGUGAGCAGUGCCAACAUGGAGCUGGAGCUGGUGAGGCAGUGUAUGGACCGAGCCCUGGUGCUGGACGAGCGGGUCAGCAAGUUCUCCGUGCAGCUGGGCGAGUGGCCGGGAGACAUGGCCAAGCUUCUGGACGUCCUGUCCAGAGCAGACGUCAGGUUGUUGGACGUCUGCCAUCGGAGACACGGUGACAAGUCCGAUCUCUUCAAUGCAAAGGUGGAGUGUGUGGUGGAGACCAGGGAUAAGACACAGAGCGCUCAGCUGCGUAAGAUGCUGACUGAGCGCUACCCUUCUAUAUGCUGGCUGGACCGGUGA